AUGGCAGAUAACCAAGAUAAUCAGAAUAAAAGGUUGUUGAGUGACUAUGCAGUGCUGAAUGUCAAUGGUGCUCAACCUAGUAUUGCGAGACCUACAGUCAAUGCUAAUAAUUUUGGGAUUAAGCCUGGUCUCAUCCAGAUGGUGCAACAGGAGCAGUUUGGUGGAGGACCUGCUGAGGAUCCACAUGCACACCUUGCCAAUUUCUUGGAGAUUUGUGAUACAAUCAAGAUGAAUGGAGUUAGUGAUGAUGCUAUUCGACUCCGACUUUUUCCAUUUUCUCUAAAAGAUAAAGCCAAGGCCUGGUUGAAUUCUAAAGCGCCUAACUCUUUCACCACCUGGAAUGCCUUGUCACAAGCUUUUCUGAGUAAGUAUUUUCCCCAAGGUAAGACUGCCAAACUUAGAAAUGAUAUUACCAGUUUUGCUCAGUUUGAUGGUGAAUCUUUGUAUGAAGCCUGGGAGAGGUUUAAGGAUCUGCAGAGGAAGUGUCCACAUCAUGGUCUUCCUGACUGGCUGAUUGUACAGACUUUUUAUAAUGGAUUAAUACAUUCAGUUAAAAUUACCAUAGAUGCAGCUGCAGGAGGUACUUUAAUGAGUAAGUCAACAGAAGAGGCAUAUGAGUUGUUAGAAGAAAUGACCUCUAGCAAUUAUCAGUGGUCUAAUGAAAGAGGUAUGCCUAAGAAAGUUCCAGGUAUGUAUGAUGUAGAUGGCAUAAACAUGUUGAAUGCCAAGGUUGAUUCUCUAGUAAAAAUGUUCGGUAAGCUGGGUAAUGUGAAUUCCGUUUCUAGUCCUGUAUUGAGUUGUGAUUGCUGUGGAGGAGCUCACAUGAGUUCUGAUUGUAUGCAGGUUCAAUUUGUGUCUAAUUAUAACAGGCAGCAGCAGCAGAACAACCCUUAUUCCAACACAUACAACCCAGGCUGGAGGAAUCAUCCCAACUUUUCAUGGAAAGAUCAAGGUAACCAAGGUAGCAGUUCUAGACCUCUCCAUCCUCUUGGUUUCCAACCAAGACCAUCCCAACCAGAAAGUAAGCAGUCUUGGGAGAUAGCUAUUGAGAAGUUAGCCAAUGCCAGUUCGGAGAGAUUUGAGAGAUUGGAAGCAAAGGUUGACCAGUUGGCGAGUUCCAAUAGAAAUGUGGAGGUGCAAUUGGGGCAGUUAGCCAAUUCCAUCAAUUCUCGUGGACAUGGUAAUUUGCCUAGUAAGACAGAGGUCAAUCCGAAGGAGCAUUGCAAGGCAGUCACCUUGAGAAGUGGUAAGCAACUUGGUCAGGUAAGUGGUGAUACUAUAGUUGGUGAUGAAGUAGACUAUGAAGAGGUGAGCAAGAAGGUCAGUGAAGAAGUUGAGGACCUAGCCAAGACAACAUCCCCACUACCACCAGUCGAACCUUAUGUUCCUCCCAUUCCUUUUCCUCAAAGGCUUAAGCAGAAUAAAAUUGAUCAACAGUUUGAGAAAUUUUUGAAGGUGUUUAGGCAGCUUCACAUUAAUAUUCCUUUUGCAGACGCCUUAGCACAAAUUCCUGCAUAUACAAAAUUUUUAAAGGAGAUCAUGUCUAAGAAGAGGAAAUUGGAAGAUUUCGAGACCAUUGCCUUGACGGAGGAAUGCAGUGCCAUUAUCCAGAAUAAGCUUCCACCAAAGCUAAGAGAUCCAGGGAGUUUUUCUAUUCCUUGUACUAUAGGUGAUGUUGAUUUUUCUAGAGCUUUAUGUGAUUUAGGUGCUAGUGUUUCACUAAUGCCUUUAUCUGUGUCUAGGAAGCUUGGAUUGAAGGAGUUGAAGCCUACUACCAUCUCUUUGCAGCUAGCUGAUCGAUCGGUCAAAUAUCCUUUGGGUGUUCUUGAGAAUGUGCUGAUCAAGGUAAAGAAGUUUAUCAUUCUAGUUGAUUUUAUUGUUUUGGAGAUGGAAGAAGACACCGAGAUCCCUAUCAUUUUAGGCCGGCCCUUUCUAGCCACAGCUGGAGCUAUCAUAGAUGUUAAGAAUGGUAGGUUGACUUUGAAGGUUGGUGAAGAAGAGGUAGAGUUUAAUUUAUUUGAAGCUACUAAAUAUCCUUCUUUUACUGAUCAUGUUUUUCGAGUUGAUGUUGUAGAUGAGUCGACCAGAGAGAUUUUUAGGGCUGAAAAUACUAAAGAACCUCUUGAGACUUGUUUAGUGAGUGCAGGGACAAGUAAAGAUGAUAAUCUAGAGGUUGCCAAAGUGGCGUGUGCAUUAGAGGCUACAUGUCCUAAACAAAAAAAGAGAGGUAUUUAUUUUGAGGAUAUCGGCAAAGGUCAGCCACCCCCUCCCCAUCUAAUGUGCAAGCACCAGUUCUGGAGUUGA